AUGGCGAGCGCGGUCUCGUCCCUCUCAGCCGGCAACGGUAAUGAGCGCUUCAACGCCGAAGCAGCGAACUGGGAUAAAAACCCCUUCGUGCAUGAAGCCAGCAAACAAGCAUCAAAGGCUAUCAUCCAGCACUUCCCAGCACUACAGAACGCACCAGGCAGGGAUAAGCUGGACAUCCUCGAGAUCGGAUGCGGCACGGGACUUCUCUCCUGCAUGCUCGCACCCCAUGCGCGACAUUAUGUGGCUGUCGAUGCAGCUCAGGGGAUGAUCGAUGUGCUGAAAUCCAAGAUAGAGCGAUCUGACACUCCACAGAACAUCAAUCCAGUCGCUGUGUUGCUGGAGGAUCCUGAGGACCACCACCUGCCCCCAGCUGACGAGAAAGAACCUGACGGGAAGAGGUUGAAAUUUGAUCUCAUCACCUCCCACCUUGUGUUGCACCACAUUCAGGACCUGAAGGCUGUCUUGACCACCAUGCUCGGCUGUCUGAAAGAUGGGGGAAGUGUUGCGUUGACCGACUUUGAAGACACCGGUCCAGAGUCGAAGAGAUUCCACCCGCAAUCAAAAAUGGGCGGGGUCGAGCGGCACGGGAUCCAUGCCGAAACCAUGGAAGCCUUGAUGAAUGAGGUUGGGUUUGUCAACGUUCGGGUCAAGGCGGCCUGGAGUAUGGACAAGACGGUUGAGAAGUUUGAGGGUGAGUUUGGGGCGGAUGCAAAAUCGAGAAAGCCUGAUCAGGGCGUGACGCAAAGUUUCCCCUUUGUGCUGUGCAUAGGUGAGAGGAAGUAUUGCCAGUCCAGCGAUGGCUCUUGA